AUGUGGCUGGGCUCUAUAGAUGAUGAAGAAUCAAUCGGCCGUCUUUCCUACCCACAAUGUACCUCGGCCACCUGCGUCAACAAUGCCCAAGAAAUCGACUUCCCGUCGUCGUUAUCCGAAAAGAAGGACACCUCAGGGUACCUAGGCAAAAAGGCCGUGACUGUUCCAGAGUCGCCUGAGCAAUCCCCAGCUGGUACCACCAGUAGUAGCACCAGCGGCGCCACCAAAGGUCUAGGCUACAUACGCGUCAGAGUCACCGACGAUACUCUCACGUCUGACAUGGCAUUCAACAUGCUGGCCAAGCUUCAGAACCGAAAGCCUAUCGUCGCAGGCAAUUUUUCCUUCUUCAACUGCCAGGAUGCAACCUCGCCAACAGCCACUAUCAACGCAAGAACCUGCUGCACUGUCACCAUGGCCGUCAUGGAUACGAUCCACGCUAUCAUCGUCGGCAUGGUCCCGGGCUGCAACUAUGCCGUUACGAACAGAGACCUUGGCGGGCCUCCUCUUCCUCCCACGGCCCAGAAAAAAACGACGAGUUGGUUGAUGGAACAAGAGGUUAAUUAA